AUGGUGUCAGUUGAUUUUAAUAUUUCUUCGAAAACUACAGUUGAGUACGAAAACGAGUAUUCAGCCCAUAACUAUCAUCCUCUGCCUGUGGUUUUCCACCGUGCGUCAGGUGCACAUGUUUGGGAUCCCGAGGGGAAGGAAUACUUGGACUUUUUGUCUGCGUAUUCUGCGGUGAACCAGGGCCAUUGUCACCCUGAGAUCAUCAAGGCACUUGUUGAUCAAGCGUCGCAGUUGACAUUGUCCUCGCGGGCGUUUUCCAAUGAUUGUUUUGCUGUUUUUGCCAAGUAUGUGACGGAGUACUUUGGAUACGAGAUGGUUUUGCCAAUGAACACUGGGGCGGAAGCCGUUGAGACUGCGAUCAAGUUGGCGAGACGGUGGGGGUACAUGAAGAAAGGCAUUCUUCAGGGUGAGGCUAUAGUUUUGGGGGCACAGGGUAAUUUCCAUGGACGCACGUUUGGUGCUAUCUCGUUGUCUACAGAUGAGGAAGACUCGAAGAAGGAUUUUGGGCCAUUCCUGGCCAACACUACUGCCGAGUUGCCUGGUGGGGCGGGAGCGUCUAUUAGGUAUGGUGUGAUUGAGGAUUUAGAAAGGGCUCUUGAACAUUCUGGGGAUAAGAUUGCGGCCAUUAUCUUGGAACCUAUUCAGGGCGAGGCAGGGAUUGUCGUUCCUCCUUCGAGCUACUUACUGGGUGUGCAGACGCUGUGCCGUAAAUACAAUGUGUUGUUCAUCUGUGAUGAGAUUCAGACUGGUAUCGGACGUACUGGGAAGUUGUUGUGUUACGAACACUCAGAGGGCGUCAAGCCUGACGUUAUUCUGUUAGGAAAGGCUAUCUCAGGCGGUGUUCUACCUGUGUCUUGCGUGCUGUCCUCGAAGGAGAUCAUGUCGUGUUUCUCUCCAGGCUCUCAUGGCUCCACAUAUGGAGGUAAUCCCUUGUCCUCCCGCGUUGCUAUAGCUGCGUUAGAGGUCGUUAGAAAGGAAAACUUGGUCGAACGUGCCCGUGUAUUGGGUGAUAAGUUCCAGGCCGACCUGCAGAAACUAAAGACGGAAUCCUAUGGUGUUAUCUCUGAAGUUCGUGGUAAGGGCCUACUCACAGCAAUCGUUAUAGAUCCAUCGAAGGCUAACCACAGGACCGCUUGGGACUUGUGUCUAUUGAUGAAAGACGAAGGUGUGCUCGCCAAACCAACUCACGAACACAUCAUUCGUUUGGCGCCCCCAUUGGUCAUCUCCGAAGAGGACCUCCAAAAAGGUAUAGUUGCAAUCAAGAGGGCCUUGGAGAAGCUUCCAAUGGCUGAAAGGUCUUCUCACUAG